AAAUUUCCUGCAAAAUAUUGUCGAAUUUCUUUCAAAAUUUAUAUAAAAUGUAAGUAACACCCAUAUAAAAGUGGUUUUAAAAGCCCAAUUCGCUAUGACUUCCAGUCGAUCUUAUGCAGUACAAGUGCACAUUUCCUGAAAUUUUAUUUGGCAUCAUAUUUCCUGCAAUGUGGAAACAACACCGACACCGCCAUCAACAACAAUCUUACAAAUAUUGUACUGUAGGAGAAAAAGUGUAAAGUCUUUGCUGGGACAGAAGUCUCAAAACUAAUGGGAUUUGUGUUAUAAGAUGAAGGUCGUUUCAUUACAUGGCAGAUUGUCCUAAGUUUCGGUCAAACUCAUUUUCCAGUAAUAGCUCGCUACCAAGCGGCGAAGUAGAUCAUGUCGAACUGUUGUCAUCUCAACUUGCUGUAUUGCUUCAAUCGUCAGAAUUCACCGAUGUGACUUUCAUUGUCGAAGAUAAAAGCUUUCCAGCUCACCGAGCGUUCUUGGCUUCGAGAUGCGAAUACUUUCGUGCGCUUCUCUAUGGAGGUAUGCGUGAAUCAUGGUCACAAAGAGAAAUUGUGCUGAAUGACAUUUCAGCAAGGUCAUUUGACUCAAUAUUGAAGUAUAUAUACACUGGGCGAGUGCAUUUACGUGACCUUGGUCAUGAGCAUGUAUUGGAUCUUCUUGGGCUUGCACACAAGUAUGGCUUUCUGGCUUUGGAAAGUGCAAUAUCAGGCUACCUUAAGGGGAAUCUAGAUCUACAUAGUAUUUGGGGAAUAUUUGAUGUAGCUUGUCUGUACCAACUUGAUGAGGUUUUGGAAACCUGCUUGACAUUUGCAGAUAUGCAUGCUGUAGAGAUUUUACGAUGCCUUAGUGAAUUUUCUAGUUUGUCGGAGGCUGCUGUUGUCAGUAUGGUAAAGAGGGAUUCAUUUUGUGCACCCGAGAUUGAUAUUUUUCGAGCAAUACAAUGUUGGAUUGUGGAAAACCCAGAUACAGACAAGAAGGUAACAUCGUAUUUGAGACUAUCCUUAAUCAGCUUGCAUGAUCUCUUCCACAUAGUGAAGCCUUCUGGCCUUUUUACUGCUGAUGAUAUUUUGGAUGCUAUACAAGUUCAAACUGAAAGUCAGCAGACACAACUCAAAUUCAGGGGUCACUUGGAUUUGGAUGAGAAUGUGGCAUUGCCUCACCUUGGAGCGGAAGUGAUUGAAGGAGAGUUUCCUGAAGCCUUGCUUGACUUAGACACAACCAGUUUUGAUAUGGACAAGGGUUUUACCCUUCAUUACUUGGAGGAAGGCCGUUCUAUUACCAUCCGCCUUGGUCGUCCAACAAUUAUUAACACCAUUAAAUUGUUGCUUUGGGAUCGAGACAUGCGCUCAUAUUCCUAUUGCAUUGAAGUCUCUAUGGACAAUGUUGAUUGGUUGAGAAUUAUAGACUACUCCAAGUAUCUCUGUCAUUCUUGGCAAACUUUAUAUUUCAAAGCUAGAGUUGUGAGAUACGUUCGUCUGAUUGGGACCCAUAAUACUGUGAAUAGAAUCUUUCAUGUUGUGCAUUUUGAGUGCAUGUUCUCUUCGCAGACCUUUGAGAUAGGCGAAGACAACAUCAUAAUCCCAAGAGAAAAUGUUGCAAGUACUCAGGUUGUCUUUGGAAGAUGGUUUGUCUUGCUUCUAUGGGACUGUGAUGAUAGAACAUAUAGUUACUAUAUUGAGGUGUCAAAUGAUCGACAAAACUGGGAAAUUGUGUCUGAUUGUACAAAAGAGGAAUGCAGGUCUUGGCAAACUGCAAAAUUUUCUCCAAGGAUUGUAACCUUCAUCAGAAUAACAGGAACAAGAAACAGUGUGAACGAGGUAUUUCAUUGUGUCCAUUUUGAAUGUCCAGCCAGUGUAAUCAAGAAAGAAAAAGCCAAAAAUGGAAAGAGCAAUAAGUAAAUGAAAAAGAAUUUUCUUGUUGCAUAUUAUAAUUUAUACUUGGAUAUUUUGCCAUGUAAGUUGUAGAGAAAAUAAUAAAUUCAAAAUACUAUUAAGUUGUACUUAAUAAUAAAUGUAAAUAUAUUUUUGAUGAAUCAUUAUUUAAAGGUUCCUUCGUGCUUUGAUAAAUGUAAAAGUUACUUAGGAUUGCACAACUAUUCUUUGGCAAAAAUAAAGCGAUAUAAGAUAUUUAAACAAAA